ACAUCAACAUUCAACAUAUACCUAGUCUGGGCGGCGGCGGCGAGGAACCUCGUAAAAUAAAACUCAUUUUCGUUUCCUCCUCCGAGUCGAGCGAACGAACAUAGGAAAAACGUGUGCAAGCGAUUCAAACUUGUUUUGCGCGGCGCGUCUGCCUUUGCAAACAUCGUCGUCGUCGUUGUCAUCAAAACGCGUGUAUCCAGCGACCAGCAGUGACCUCGGUGUUAAAUUUGUUAUUAAUGGUCAAUAAUGAGUAGUUAAUAACAAUUGAAAAUGUUUGAAUUCGUGCUAACUGUGAUGAAGGUUGCGUUCGGAACCGUUGCUUUCGUCAUCAACGCAAAGUUCCUCAAGCUGUGGCCUCCGACCGAUCGUCCGGUAGUGACAGUGCGCCAAGGGAAACUGCGUGGAGUAACGGCAACGCUACCAAAUGGAUCACGUUACCAUUACUUUAAGGGUGUUCCGUAUGCUCAACAUCCGGUAGGAGAAUUGCGCUUCAAGCCUCCGGUUCCGUUGGAUGCAUUCUCAACGCCUGUUCUCGAGUGUUUAGUAGAUCGAAGUGAUUGCGUUCAUGAAGAUCUGUUUACAAAACGUGUCGUCGGUUCGGAAAAAGGCUUGUACAUGAAUAUAUACACACCCGAUUUUACUGUUCCAGUUGCUGACGAGAAAGGAAAAUUUCCUGUUAUGGUGUUCAUACAUGGUGGAGGCUUUUUAGCAGGCUCCGGAAGCAGUAUCGUCUACAAUCCGAUUUACCUGGUUCAGGAGGGCGUGAUCGUGAUCGCCAUGAACUAUCGUCUGGGACCGUUUGGAUUUCUUAGCCUGCCGGAGGCUGGCAUUGCCGGCAAUGCUGGGCUUAAGGAUCAAUUGUUAGUUCUCAAAUGGAUAAAGGAAAACAUCGCACAGUUUGGUGGCGACUCCGGCAACGUGACGUUAUUUGGCGAGAGCGCUGGCAGUAUUUCCGCAUAUCUACAUUAUCUCUCACCAAACUCGAGAAAAUACUUUCACCGAGUCAUUUGUCAGAGUGGCAUUCCCAGCAGUGAAACGUUUUUCCAAUCAUCGGGCAGUGAGAAAGCGCGAAAAUUAGCCGAGAUUGCCGGUUACACCGGGGACUCCGAUGCGGAAGCAUUGCAAACAUUGCUGAGAGCACCGGCAUCGGUUUUGGUUAAAAACCAACACAAGGUGCUGACCAGCGAGGAAAAACGGAUGGGUGUGAAAUUUGCUUUCAUGCCGGUAAUCGAAGAUCAGCACAGUGAGGAUAGCAUAAUCACUCAAACUCCCGAGGAGAUCAUGAAAUCGUUCGACACGCUGGAUAUGCCAAUCAUCGAUGGGUGCAACAGUGGCGAAGGUAUUCUAUCGCUCUACCUGAUGAGUAGUCGAAUUCAUUUGGGCAAUAGUGAGCCGGAACGAUUCGUUCCCCAGCUGUUGGGCUCAUCGGAGAAGCUGGAUCGCGUCGAGGUAGGAAAACACAUUCGGCAGUUCUACUUCGGUGAUCGGCCGGUGUCAAAGGACACUUGCGAUCAAAUUUGUGAUGUUAUGGCAGAUAAUUAUUUCAUCACCAACUCAUUAAUCAGCGCUGAAUGGAUAGCAAAGUAUCAGCCUAGAGUACCCCAUUAUCACUAUAGGUUCACGUUCGAUGGACGGUUUAGCUUUGCGAAGCGACUGUUCAAUCAGAUCCAGGCCAAGGGUGCCUGUCAUGGAGAUGAUGUGUUCUACAUAUUCAGCCCUGUCUUUUUACCAACACUUCAAGCUAGUAGUGCCGAAUGUCAAGUACGUAACGCUUUCGUGAAGCUUUGGAGCAAUUUCGCAAAGUUUGGGGAUCCUACGCCCAACGAUAGUACGGCUGAAGAUAGCGAGCGUCUAGGCGUCAAGUGGAAUCCAAUAGCUAAAAUAAGCAAACAAUCUGAAGAAUUCAAUUUAGACUGCUUGGAAAUUGAUACCAAUCCAAGAAUGAUCAGGAAUCCGUAUCCGGAACGAAUAAAACUUUGGAGAGAACUGUUGCAAAGAUAUAGGAGAGGGUUCCUGUGACGUAUUUAUGUAUACAUACGUGAUCGUUUUAGGGCAUGUGGUAGGGUUGAAUGUUGUUUUGAUGGUCAACUGAAUAAAUGAAAUUAUAUGAUUUAUUA